AUGGAAUCUACCACCGAUGUGAUACAACCGAUAUCAACCAAGCAAAAGAUUGAAAAAUGUAUCCAAGUAUUGAAAGACAAAAAUUUUGGAGACUGCCAGGCUUUACUAGAGGACAUAUGUGAUAAGCUAGAUAAGCAAUUCACUUUUGAUCAAGUGACAGGAAAACUUUAUCAGGAUCUGGUUAUAACGCUAUGUAAGGAAUUAAAAGCCAGCAAUGACCAUAACGAAAUCUCGUUAACGUUACGUCGCCUGAUGCUAAGCACACUACGUAUAUUUAGCCGUGAUAGAAGUGUGGCCAUGAAGUUUAGUGAUGAGACCGUUAUCAGUAUGCUUAUACAACAAAUUGGAUAUCAUACAGUAGCAGAAGAUAAUGUUAACACACCCUUGGACAGCAAUAAUGAACUAGACAACAGCGGAGCAACAACUUCAGAAGAGCCAAAUCAUGCUGGCAUUAGCGACGAUCAAAUUCAGGUUAUUAUAGAAGCUCAGAAGUGUCUAUGCAAUCUCAUUUAUCAAAAUGCUAGUGCACGAGCUGCAUUUCAGGCAAGAAAUGGGUUGGAAGGCAUCUGUAAUCAUGUACAUCAACAUGACAAGUUCCCUUAUGCUGUGAAACUAUAUGAUCUUCGUUUAUUGUUCUUAUUAUCUGCUCUCCCUCCUCUACAGAGGAGUACGCUAUUAGAGAAGUACCAAGGGUUGAAGUUAAUAAUUAAUCAAAUCUUGCGCUACAUAAGUGAAGAUGCAGGCGUGAAGAACGAUAACCCAGUGGAUCAUGAUCAACAACAAGAUGUAGCCAAUGCAUAUACAAGGAGCAAGAUCCCGCUUAGUGACGAUUGUAUGUCCUUGGUCUCUGAAAGUUUACGAAUAUUGUUCAAUAUUACUUUAGAAUUGCAAAAUCAAACAUGUAACGAGGAAGAUCUCAAACAAAUAGCUAAGCUUGUUGAGACUGUUCGAAAGUACAUUAUACAUAUAUUAACAGACCUCCCUGUUGUAUCAGUCCUCCAAAAAGAUAUUGUGAACAUAUUUGUCAACAUACCUCCAAAACUAUUAUCAGAGCUGCUAAUAUUACCAUUAAACGGCGAUGAGGAUAACAAUGAAUACGAAAUUAAGGAAACUGUUGCUUUCUGCAAUCGUAAUAUGAUAGUUGUUCAAGGCCUCUUGGAUUUCCUCCAUAGUCGGCUUCCAAACGUUGAAUUGUUGUCGCAGCAAUCAAGAGAUUCUUUAAAGCCAAUUCUAACCUUGUUAUGUUCACUGUCUCGUGCCGAUAGCUAUAUACGGAAGUACCUGAAAUUAAAGGUACUCCCGCCCAGAAAAGAUUUUACUAAGCGUCCUGAAGAAGGCAAUUCAUUAGAAAGCCGAUUAAUUGCGUUACUGACAUCUCCUUGGGAUAUCAAAAAUUUGGUUGAAGAUUUCUUAUUUGUUUUAUGCAAAGAAAAUGCUGAUCGCUUCAUCAAACAUACUGGUUAUGGUAAUGCAGCUGGAAUGCUGCUCUCACGUGGUCUACUUGCCGGUAAUCAAACUGUCGAAACGGUCAAUUACUCGUCAGAUGACACCGAUAGUGACACCGAAGAAUACAAGGAACAACAUGAUAAGAUUGAUCCAGUUACUGGUGCUAUUAAAGCAGAUAAUCAAAACAUAUUUGAAGGAAUGACAGAGGAAGAAAUUGAGAAAGAAGCAGAGCAUCUAUUCACACUGUUUAAGAAGCUAAAUGACCACGGAAUUAUACGACCGGUUGAUAGAUCUGGACAACCUAUUAAUCUACCUGACCCCAGUAUAUUUAAGAAAACCGAAAACGAGGAUUCGGAUCAAUCUGAUAGCUAGAAGCAUGAUGUAGCAGAGUCUAUCUAUUAAUAAAUAGAAUGAUUCUAU